UAGCCUCCCCUUCUUUUCUUAUCCUGGGUGAGUAGCGUCUCAGCUAAAGUGACUGCCCAACCGUCACUGUCUCUCAACUUGGUCCUCUGUAGCUCUGUGACUUUCAGGAGGCUUUUGCUUGUCCUCAGAGCUCUGCUUGGAAAAUCCCCCCCUCAAGAGCGGGACUCAAAGCACAUUGACUCUACAGGACGCGGCAGAAAGGCAACAUGUCGGCAGAGACACCAACCACUCUGAAUAUGGACAUUCGGGAUCUGCAGAUCCAGACAGUCACGGUUGAGAAGCUGCUGGAGCCUCUGAUAAUCCAGGUUACCACACUUGUAAAUUGUCCACAGAAUCCUUCCAACAGGAAGAAGGGACGUUCCAAGAGAGCCAAAGUUCUCCUGGCUUCUGUGGAGGAAGCAACUCGGAAUCUGUUAGACAAGGGGGAGGAGAUCGCCAAGGGAGCGGCAGUUUUAAAGGAGGAGCUCACAGCUGCGCUCCGGGAAGUUCACAAAGAGGGCAAUGCUCUGAAGGUAUCGGCCGAGAGAUUUACAGAUGACCCCUGUUACCUCCCGAAAAGGGAGGCUGUGGUUCAAGCCGCCCGCGCCUUGUUGGCAGCAGUGACAAGACUCCUUAUCCUUGCCGACAUGAUUGAUGUCAUGUGUCUCUUGCAGCAUGUGUCUUCUUUCCAAAGAACAUUUGAGUCUCUCAGAAAUGUUUCCAACAAAUCUGACCUCCAGAAGACCUACCAGAAGCUUGGGAAGGAGCUGGAAACCCUGGAUUAUUUAGCCUUCAAACGUCAGCAGGACUUAAAAUCUCCAAGCCAGAGGGAUGAAAUCGCAGGGGCCCGGGCCACCUUGAAGGAGAACUCGCCCCUCUUGCAUUCGAUUUGUUCAGCUUGUUUGGAACAUUCCGAUGUUGCUUCGCUCAAAGCCAGUAAGGACACAGUCUGUGAAGAGAUUCAGAAUGCUCUUGAUGUAAUUUCAAAUGCUUCCCAAGGCAUCCAGAAUGUGCCAGCACUUUCUGAACCUCAGGCAGCAACCCUGGGAAGCGCUCUUGAUGAGCUGGAGAAUUUAAUUGUCCUGAACCCACUCACAGUGACAGAGGAAGAAAUAAGACCAUCCCUGGAGAAACGUCUAGAGGCCAUCAUCAGCGGGGCUGCACUGUUGGCCGACUCUUCCUGCACCAGAGACUUCCACCGAGAGCGGAUUAUCGCUGAGUGCAAUGCCAUCCGCCAGGCUCUCCAGGAUCUGCUCUCCGAGUACAUGAGCAACACUGGAAAAGCAGAGAAGAGUAAUACCCUGAAUGCCGCCAUAGACAACAUGAGCAAGAAGACAAGAGACCUCCGCAGACAGCUCCGCAAAGCUAUUAUAGAUCACGUAUCAGACUCUUUCUUGGACACAACAGUUCCACUCCUGGUUCUCAUUGAAGCUGCUAAGAAUGGUCGAGAAAAGGAAAUCAAAGAAUAUGCUGCGAUAUUUCAUGAGCACACAGGCAGACUUGUGGAGGUGGCAAACCUUGCCUGUUCCAUGUCAACAAACGAAGAUGGGAUGAAAAUUGUCAGAAUUGCCGCAAAUCACCUGGAAACCCUGUGUCCACAGAUCAUAAAUGCUGCACUUGCUUUGGCAUCAAGACCCAAGAGUCAAGUGGUCAAAAACACCAUGGAUAUGUAUAAGCGCACAUGGGAGCAUUACAUCCAUGUUCUCACUGAAGCAGUGGAUGAUAUCACCAGCAUCGAUGACUUCCUAGCUGUAUCUGAAAGCCACAUCCUGGAAGAUGUCAACAAAUGCAUCAUAGCCUUGAGGGACCAGGAUGCAGAUAACUUAGACCGAGCUGCAGGUGCCAUCCGAGGACGAGCUGCAAGAGUAGCUCACAUUGUCACAGGGGAAAUGGACAGUUAUGAACCAGGGGCUUACACUGACGGUGUGAUGAAGAAUGUCAACUUCCUCACAGGCACGGUGAUUCCAGAGUUUGUGACACAAGUCAAUGUUGCCUUGGAUGCCUUAAGCAAGAACUCGCUGACUGUGCUUGAUGAUAAUCAGUUUGUGGACAUCUCCAAGAAGAUCUACGACACAAUCCAUGAUAUCAGAUGUUCAGUCAUGAUGAUUCGGACUCCAGAAGAACUGGAGGAUGUUUCUGACCUUGAAGAAGAUCAUGAGGUCCGGAGUCACGCCAGCAUUCAGACAGAAGGGAAAACUGACCGAAGCAAAAGGAAAGCUACAGAUAAAUCCAUUCACCACUUACACUUGUGGGGGCAUCAGGCUAAGAUGACUCAACUGCCCGAGGCAGAGAAGGAAAAGAUUGCCGAGCAAGUCGCUGAUUUCAAGAAGGUGAAGAGCAAGCUGGAUGCUGAGAUCGAGAUCUGGGACGAUACGAGCAAUGACAUCAUUGUUCUCGCCAAGAAGAUGUGUAUGAUCAUGAUGGAGAUGACGGACUUCACGAGGGGAAAAGGACCACUAAAGCAUACCACUGAUGUAAUCUAUGCAGCUAAGAUGAUAUCAGAGUCAGGAUCAAGGAUGGAUGUUCUCGCUCGGCAGAUUGCUAACCAGUGUCCAGAUCCACCUUGCAAACAGGACUUGCUGGCUUAUCUGGAACAGAUUAAAUUCUACUCCCACCAGCUGAAAAUCUGCAGCCAAGUUAAAGCUGAGAUCCAAAACCUGGGGGGCGAGCUCAUCAUGUCAGCCUUGGACAGUGUCACCUCCCUGAUCCAGGCAGCCAAAAAUUUAAUGAAUGCUGUGGUGCAAACAGUGAAAAUGUCGUACAUUGCUUCCACCAAGAUCAUCCGCGUCCAGAGUUCUGCAGGGCCCCGCCACCCGGUUGUCAUGUGGAGAAUGAAGGCUCCGGCAAAGAAGCCCUUGAUUAAAAGAGAGAAGCCAGAAGAAACAUGUGCCGCUGUCAGAAGAGGCUCAGCAAAGAAAAAGAUCCACCCCGUUCAAGUCAUGAGUGAAUUUCGAGGGAGACAAGUCUACUGAGGCUCUAGUCCACUCCAGUGCCCAUUGCCACACCCCAGGCCAACCGCACUGCUUUAUUUCACAGUUCAUUGGUUCUUUAAUUUCACUAAGUUUCAGAGUUAAGCUCACAAAUAACAUAAAGCAUUGGGGUUAAGCCACUGUGCACGGUGUGUAUUUGGGGUCCUGUCUCUGUCAUCUCUCUAUAGCCAGCACAGCCCAGUUAAGUUGCAGGUAGUACCUAGGGAAUACAAUUCACAAGUGUCAUUUGAGCCUUGCCCUUCACAGGGAAGAGCUCAUGUUCAUUAUGAAAUGAAUACAAGAGACAAAGUGAGUUCUGCUUACCCAGAAAUGUUUGUGCCCACACAUUCUUGAUCUUUGUGAAGGAAGACACUGUCAUAAGCUUUCCCCUUCUGCUUUUCAUUAGACACAAGAGACUUUAUCAACUAUUUUCCCAAUUAGUGUCCAUACUUUAACAGAUCUAACCUAGUACCUAACCUGGCAGAAAUGUGCUGUUCUUGCCAUAGGAAAAAAAAAUUUCAAUUUCUAGAUCUCCCUACCCAUUGGUAGUUGGUUAGUUGACUGUAACCAAAUGCGCAUGGUCAAGCUUCUUAGUUGGUUUUGAAAGUCAGGCAUGUUGUUAAAGAAGUGCUUUGGUGACACACCAAGGCUCCAAGGACUUUGGAGGCUCUUUGCACCUUUGAUUUCUACUUUGUUCGGAAGUUCUGUACUCUUAGUGUUGGGCCAACCUCAGCACACAUAUGUAGAGUUGGAAAAAUGAAUUUGUUUUUGUUGAUUUGUUUGUUCAGUACUUGGAUUCAAACAGCAUUGCACAUGCUAGGCAAGUGGUCUGCUCUUGAGCUACACACCCAGCCCUUCUGUUAGAGAAAUGAGACACUGAAUUAUAGCGCAGAGUAAGUCUAUACAAUAGAGGAAACCAAAGGAAUUUUGCAUGAUUCUAAAAAUCUCCUUGUAUCCAUUUGCAAUUGUCAUUAUAACAAAAGACCAGUUUGCAAAGCCUUUUGACACUGAAUGAAAUCUACCACCCAACAAUGAAGCUGAAUUAAUGACAAUGAGUUUGGAGUGAUUUUAAUAACCACCUUUCAGUGAACGACACUGGGGUUAUUUUAUAUGUCCAUUGACUAUGGUUAACUAUAGCUGAGUUUAUGAUGGACUCUGUAGUAGUCUAAGAGAGUGGAACAUAACAGUGAUAUCCCUUUUUCUUUCCAUCACUUACCUCUCCCUUUUAUCUUCCUCUCUUUCUUCACACUGUGCUGUAUAUCAGCUGUGUUGCAGGGGUGAAGCUUCAGUUUCCUCAUGCCAUGCUCAAAGAUUGUCUCUCCCUUUAUUUCAUUUUACUGUAUCAGAAUUCUUCUAUAAUGAAGCUCUUCACUUUUACAACACUGCCCUUGAAGAGUCAUUUUGACACUUUCAAUUUGUCAAUUAAUAUUUCUAUAUGUAACAUAAGUUGGUGUUAAGAGGACCACUUGAACAUGAAGCAAAAGGAAUUAUAAAGGUUGGGAAUUCUUUGUGCAAUCUCUUGAACAAAAAAGAAAAGAAGGUUUAGCAGAUGAUUCUGUUAUUGAGGUGAAUAUUAACUCUUUUAAUAUGUUGAAUUAUUUCAUUCUUCCAAAGUGCUGGGGUGGUUGCCUGGGAUCUCUACAAAACUUUGUAGGGCCUAGGAGGAAUCCCUAUGUUUCUUCUGUCAUCUUGCCCUAAGGAUUUGCCCAUAAUAAUUAUUCUGAACAAAGUAUGCUUUCAUAAUGAGAGGCAGAAUUCAGUCUUCCAGGUAAUGCUGGCUUUCAAUGUUACCUGCACAAAUGAGACAAACAAAGAGCCACUGCUAUUGAAAUGCUACCGUAGGGUUCUAUACUCAGUGGAGAGCAAUUUUAGCAUGGACUUCUCUUGGGUACAAUGCAGAUUUAUAAUUUGGGGAACAAUGAAUUUCCUAAAAAUAUACAAAAACAACCUCAUAUAGGCCAGAAUCACAAAUCUUUGCAAAAUCCAGGGUUCCUCUUGUCCCACAUGAUCCUUCUACAUACUGGAAUUUAGAAUGAACUAUUGGAAGAAAAUAAUAACAACAGAAAUCAUUUUAAAUGAUGCAAAUAUCGGAUAACUUGACCCAAAAUGAGAUAUAAUCAAGGCCUUCACUUUGGUACAGUAUUCUAGCUAAGCUCCAAACAAACAGCUAUAAUUAAACAAAACAAUAAAAUGUUUGACUUGGUGAAUGCCCACGGAGUACAUUUUUUUUUGUAGCAAUCUAAGGUGUAAUAAAAACAAGAGGUGUAAAGCUGAGAAGGACACCUGUCUACCUGAGAAACACCUGCAGCAACAGUAUAUUAGCUGGAUUCAAACAAUGGGUGACACGAACAUCUACAGACGAAGAACUUGUGGAAGAGUGCUUGCAAAUGUUUACAGCAGAGAGCACAAUUAGAUAAGUCUGGACAAUAAGUAUUCUCUCUAUAUAUUAAUAUGGAGGCAUUUCUUCUGCCAGGGAAUGCUGGGAAAUCUUUAAGGAGAGUGAUAACUUGAUAACUUAGUGUACACCUUUUGAAAUCAGACCAUUUUGAUUGAUUUUGCUAGUGAAAGCUCACCUGUCCUUUGUAGUAAAAUUAAUUCCCAUCCUCUUACUUAGAAAAGUGCACUUGGAAAGAAGUUUUAUACUAUCUACAAGGACAGCUGCAUCUCUACUUCACCACCUACAUUGUUGCCAAGUGUGUUGUUAGAUUCAAAGUAGUCUAGAUUCAGAAUAAUUCAGAAAAUACUCAUGAAGUCAUCAAACAUAAAAGUUGAUAAAUACAAAUUCCAUCUUUUAACUAAAUAAAAAUGUUAGGGAAUAGUAUUUCUUUCUAUUGAAGUUUCUAGAAAUUUUUGAGUAUCUCAGGAAAUUAGGAAAGCAUCCAAUUUCAAGCUAUACUGUCAAUCAUUCUUCUCUGUUUCUCUUGUGAUAUGAGUGUGACCUCUGAAUGUGCUAGGAGAUACAUUAUAGUCCUAAUAUUCCCACAUGCCAUCUGAGAUUGAGAAAUCUUGUAACAUAAAUAUAACACAUCCGCUCCUCAUGAAGUCUCUUCCUCACAUAGGAUAAGGAACCUGCAACUGAACACAGAGGCCUAUUCUUGUAACCUUUCACUGCAGACUAAUUUCAAAGAUCAAUUUUUAACUCAUUAUAAAUGGAAAACCUAAAACUGUGAAUAUGUAAUGAAGUUCCCACUGGGGUUUUCAAGUCUCUUAAUACUAAUGUUCCCCAGAUUCAACAGCAAGCUGCUGAAGAUACUAGGCUUUGACAAUGGGAAAGAUGAUCUCGGGUUCUUAAACCUUCACUUUGGAGACUAGAGAGAUGGCUUGGGCAGUAAUUGCUUGCAAUGCUAAAGGAGCUCUGGCUUCUGAGUACCUACACCCACAUAAAAAAAUCCAGAUAAUAGGAUAACCUUGUAAUUCUGGUGCCAGAGAGAGAGGGUUCCUAGCACUCUCUGGCCAACAUGGCCAGCCAAAUAUGCAAGCUCCAGGUUCAAUGGGAGUCUCUGUCUCAAAAGAGUAAGGUAGAGUGAUUGAGGAAAAUAACCAAUGCUGACACCUGGACUCCACAUCCAUUCACUUCUAUUAACGUGCACCAACACACACACAAACACACACACACACACCACCACCACCACCACCACCACCUCACUUUCUAGGUGAUCUUAUCUUACAUAAGUGAGCACUCAGUAUCUUCUUAACUGACUAUAAUGUCUACUAGAUGACAAAGUCAAGCUAACCCAUCCAAGCAAACUCCAGUUAUUGUCACUGGUCAAAUACGAAGCACCCAGUAAUUUCCCCUCCCUUUUUUUCCUAGUAGGUUACCCUAUAUGUAAAUAGACUAACAUAUUUUUGGGGACUUUAGUUAAAGUUAUAGUUUAAUUUCCACCAGAGUCAUUUCUUCAGCCUUCCUACUUCCCCAAACACGCUUAUCUUCUUUGGUGUCUCAUUUUGAUGCUAGGGAUUGUAGUUCCCAUGGAUACAGACUUCUGUACUGAGGCAAUGUGAGAGAAAUGAGAUCCGAGAAUUUUCCUGGUGAAAUCGACCAUUCUGUUUUAGUAUUGUAAUAAGCAGUUCUCUGGGUGGACAAAAUAGGCACCAGAACCUGAAUUUGAAUGAAAUCCACAUGUUUUAAUCAGCCCAUCCUUGGUUAAGGCAGCCUUCCAAAUAUACUGUCAGUGAUCAAAUGGCCAUUUUUGUUGCAAAGUCAGAAAUGGUUCAGUGAUUAGAAAAUCAAAUGCACCUGGAUAAAAAGAGUAUAGCUUGCACAGGAUUUCAAUGUUUUCAGGGAAAAAAAUGGCUGCAGCAUCGGAUAUAUUUACCUGUAUAUCACACAUCAGGAGACAACAUUUAUUCACAGGAAAGGUCUGCAUCUUCUUUUAUGGCUCUUUCCACCUGGUUAUUGCUAAGUUUCAAACCCUGGGACUAGUGGCCGAAGUGCCUAUUUAACAUAACAUAUUAACUUGGAUGCCAGCUUCCCCAGCAUCCCUCAGUGGCCACCUGUUACAGGGUUCGGCUGGUAUAUCCUGGCCCCUGCCCUUUACCCUGACUUCUCUAGCCCAGAGGUGGGGCUGUCCUACCCCCAGCUGCCCUUCCUUAUAUUAUUCAACAUUUUGGUUUCCCUGUUCUCUUUUGGGGACUCCUGGCUGCUGCACCUGGUUCCCCUGUCCCCCCUUCUCCUUUCCCCUCCCUCCUCUCUCAUCACAUGACUCAGGGUCAUGUCCUUGCCUCUGACUAUGUUCUCCCUGUAUCUACAAUAAACCUUUUCCAUCAUAUCUAGGAGUGAUCAUGUCCUUUCCUUCUUUAUGUCCUUUUCCCCCAUUCAGUUAUAGAAAGUUUAAGAUCAGGAUUUUGUGUGUUACCACAAGAUAACACAUGAUGUAUGUGCAGAGUAGUCAGAGUUUUCAUUUUUGAGCCAUUGAGUCAAAUUGGGAAAGAGAACAUGGAUGCUAUUAAAAGGGUGCGUGUAACAGAAUGUGUCCUAAAGUUAAGUUUAUAGAUACUACCCUAGAUAUUUAAAAGAUAAAGAAUUAGAAUGAGAGGCCUAAAUAAUUCUUCUUUUCUUAAGCAAUUCACAUAAAAAGAACUUUUUUUCUUAAAAUAAAUAUGAAAUGGGUUAAAAUAUGAAUCAUUUUACAAAUGAAUACACCCUCAUAAAUUUCAUAAAGUACAAAUAACCAUUCCUUGAACAAUCCAAAAUAAAGAAGGUAACACUAACAGAAAUACUACCUUCAACCAGUACCCACCCAGAGAGACUCUCAUCUGUAGGUAGUAGGUGCUCUGUGGGUCUAACCCUCUUGUCUGUCAUGGGAGGGUGGAUUGCUCAUGCUAUCUUAUGGCAUCCCCACUCCUGUGGGAAACUGUUUCCACUGGGAACAAAAUACCAGGAGGAAAUAAGUGUAGACAGACUAUUUCUAAAGAAACAUGAGUAAAGAAAGACCAGAGGGAGGGGAAGGAAUGUGAAUGUUAUUUGCAGAAAUAUAUAACUUUUAUAGACAGUGUGUGAUGGAGAUGGGGAGAGUUUGGGAUUCUAUGAAGAUUAAGUGGACUCAUUCUGAGGAAGAUUUAAAGAUUUUUAAGGGUAGAAUUGGACAUUUGUCUUGAUGUCUUGUUAGUUUGGUAAGGUCAUGUCAGAGGCAAAAAAAAAUGAUCUAGAUAGGUCUUGACUAUGAUUUAGUAAUGUUUUAUGCAGUGUUUCUCAAUGCUUUAAGAAGCAUACAUUUAACCAUUCCUCAGGCUGAUGCAAGUCUAUCUUUGGUCCAACACCCAGCAGCAUUUCCACCCACUCAUCUAACAACUAUUCCUUAAGUAGCUUUGAUGCUCCAAGCACUGUUCUAUGUUCUGAGGUCACAGCAGCUGACAAAGCCAUGGUCUAUGUUCUAGUGUCAGCUCUGCUACAUGACAACUAUCACCUGUAUCAUACUCUCAGUAAUCUUAUAGGAGGUACAUCAACUCCACCUCACAAGUAAGAGAAAUGGAGGAUUACAAAUGAUGAUCUUGUUUAGAGAUUGGCUUUAUUUUGUUUUAUUGCAUUUCGAGUUCUACGCUAAGCCCUCAUACCAGCCAAGCUGUUCGUGAAAUUAGUCUAAAAUUUUCAGUUGCUAACAAUGUGAUACACAUUUUCAAAUCAUGGCUGUUUUCUGUGAAGAAGAGGGGGAAAAGGGAAAUGUUUCAAAAUUAUUAAUGCUUAGCCUACAUCACCCAAGGAAAAUAGGAGUCAUAUAAAUACUAAGCUGCAUAGCGUUACCUCCCAGAGCUGGAUAUAGAACAUGAUGGUAUAAGAAUGUCUAUAUAUAUUUUGAUUCUUUGAUAUCCAGGCACAUUGUUUAUGUUAUUGUAGAAGGGAAAGCUUCCAUGGAAAUAUCCUCAUCAGCACUUGUUCAUCAUUAGUCAGUGAAAACCCAUUUGGGCAAUAUUUCUUUAUCCUUUUCCUGCUGGUAUAUAGAUUUAAACCUGUGGGUUGCAAAAGGUUAAGUCAACUGUUCAUCAAAUAAGGUAGUUUUCCUGAACUUCAGACUUAAACUGUAGUUAACAUGUUCUCUUCUUUGUACACAAAAUGUAUGUGUAGUGCAUGUGCCCAACUACAGGUAAACUGAGUCCUUUGGCUGCCCAUAAUACUCUCUGGAGUCUGAAGGCCCGCCUUUUUUGCCUGUUUCUGGACCAGUUUCCAGAUCUUGGGACCUAGAGAGUUAACUGCAUUUCUGAUUCUUCUUAUGAUAAAACCACAGAAGUUUUCUCAAACUAGGAAUGCGUUUCUUUGACUCCUCACUCUUGUUCCUGAUUUUCAUGAUAAUCCUUUUCAGCUGCAGGUGCAGGAAUUCCACAAGGAAAGAAUUGUCCUUUAAGUAAGCACACAUCCUCAAAAAUCACAUCUAAUUACCUCCUAGAACAAGCAAACACCACUUAAAUAAUGUUAGCAGAAUGGUCCUCCUGCUUCCAUUUCAAUUGGUGUAUUUUCUAAUCCUAAUGGUUUCUACCCUGGGCAUGUUUCAGAGGGAUGCUUAUGUUUAGUCCUGGGUAUUUGUUUGUAAAGGUCUGUUGCCUCUCUUUAAAUACUUUAAAGGCUCAUUUCAAUAGUUAUAUCCCUAGUUCAGAAACUUGUGGACAUUUUGUUUGCUUUUUUUGUUUUUUCCCUAUUUGGAGAGCCAGAGAUUUGGCAGCCCCAGGCAAACCCUUGGUGUCUGAUAUCAGCGUGUUAUCUUUGUAACUGACCUGACUCUCUCUCUUUGUAUUAUGCCCUAAGAGUGCAGCUUAUCUGAGUGGCUUUCUUUGACCUUGGCCUGUCAGUAUCAGAUUUGGACCAGAAUGCUUACUCAAAAACAAAGGAGUAUCUCUGAGAUGUUAGUGCAUCCUCUCAGUUAAACAGAAUUUUCCUCCUUCCCAAGGCUUUAAGUAUAGAAUUAACUUUACAAUAGACUGCAGAGAAAGUAUUCCAUUGCCUGCCAAACCUUCUGUCAUGAGAGUUUUCUAUUCUUCCAUGUUGGUAAACAGUGUAUCCAUGGGGAAUAAAUAACAGCACUUCAGCAACUGUCUGAUGGGGGUAAGAUGUGCUGUUGGUGUGGUUGAAGCUUCUUUUUAUAUCCUGUGGUUCUUCCAGAGAGCAUUUUCCAAAUGACAGCAUCAUCUGUCCUCUGUAGCUGCAGCUAACAAGCCCAGAAAACAGAGCUGGAUAGAUGCUUUCUCCAAAUUUAGUGCUUAAGAGUUGAGGAUGAAAACAAAAUUUUCCUUGGAAAAACUAUGUGAUUAAAUAGUAAUUAAAAGUUCUAGUGAAAGAUCUUCAGGAUCUUUCAUUUUAGUUUGCAUUUUAAUUAUGAUUACUUGCUUUACGUACUUUUGCAAGCAAUGACUUAAUAGCUUAAACUUAGUGACAUCUCUGCUGAAAUAUGCACAUUGUAACUUAGGAUAAAGACAGCCUUGAGAGAGCCUAGGUGAAAUGAAAUUGGUCAACAAUAGUCCCCUUCAUUGCAGAAAUACCUUGAGAACUCCACUGGGUACCAUCUGAAGUAUUUUUAAACCAUUUUGUUUGUAUCUCUCCCCUUGCUGUGUAGAGGCAGAGUGAGGCUGGUGAACUGCCUAUUAUAGUAAUGGACAAUUCAAAGCAGUUUUGUGUUUUAGCUACAGAUAAAGUCUGGCAAAAAGCACUGUAGACCUUUUUGAUCCAUCUUGGUCUUUAAAGCCAUUCUCACCAAUCAAUAAAAUACUUCUGUGGAGUAGGAAGUGAUCUAUAAUACCCAGAACAUUGACACAGAAGACCGGAUACUCCUUGUUUGAAGUUCUGCAUGUUGUUAUUUUUGUGUGUGUGUGUGUGUUUAAUUGAAGUAAUUGAUUGAUUGAUUGUUCUCCUUAUGCUCUGGGUUGUGCUAUUAAUACAUGUAACACUGGGUUGGAUUUGAAGUUAUAUAGUAUGAGUUAUGCAUUCACUUGAUUUCUCAUUUCUACACUUGUCAUUUUGUAGUUCAUUACAAAAUUGCUCAACUGAUAAUUAAACCAGGUACAUUAAAGGAAUAAAACUGAAA